AUGAAUAUCCAGCCAAAACAAUUCGUGCUGUGUUUCGAUGGCACCGGUAACAAAUUCGCUGGUGAUGCAUCCGACACGAAUCUCGUCAAGAUCUAUCGCAUGCUGGACCGAAGCAAAAGCCACCAAUACCACUACUACCAGCCUGGAAUCGGGACCUACGUAACUAGCAACAACUUUGGUGGGAAAAGCAGGCUGGAACGCGUGAAAUCCUCCUACAAAAAAGCGAAAGACGCAGCCUUAGGCUCCUCAUUCGACGAACACGUGCUUGGGGGCUAUAAAUUUCUCAUGCGAUACUAUGCGCCAGGCGACAAAAUCUACUUCUUCGGGUUUAGUCGUGGGUCCUACACUGCACGGUUCCUCGCAGAAAUGCUGGACUUUGUCGGUCUGCUACAACCAGGAAAUGAAGAGAUGAUCCGAUUUGCCUGGAAGACGUUUGCGAAGUGGCAGCAGCGGCGGGAUACGACAGACCAUGACCAUGAAGAGCGACAUCGAUUGUUCAUGUUUAUGAAGGCAUUUCGGGAGACGUUUAGUCGUCCUGUUGGACGGAUCCAGUUUUUGGGUUUGUUUGAUACGGUGAAUAGUGUGCCUGUCUUUGAGAAUGCUUGGAUGGAGAGAAGUAAAUUUCCUUAUACGGCGCAAAGUUCGGCGAGGGUGAUUCGGCAUGCAGUUUCUAUCGAUGAGCGACGGGCCAAGUUCCGACAGGAUCUUCUGUAUGAAGUUCGGCCAAAGGGGUCUAAAGAGAAACAUUCGCCUUCGCUUGGGUUGAGACGUCUUUUGUCUCGUCAGAAUGAAGAGAGUGAGAAGGUCAAUGUUCCUGAAAUUGUGUUGGAUAGGCCUGAAAAUGAGAGGCAGACGGCGCAGAUUCCAAGACGGGGGUCUUUAAGAGUUCUCAACGAAGGCCAGAGAUAUCGUGGACAUAGCCAUUCACCUAAUAGGCGGGCUAGUGUCGAAGGGCCGAGGACUGGGAAUUUACUCGGGGAUGAUGUUUCACAGAGAAGUGGUGUCUCCGGGCUGUCUCUUCGACCUUCACAUCUCAAUGUAUCAAGCGACACAGGAGACGAUGACGACGAACAAGAUGUGGCAGAGGUAUGGUUUCCAGGACAACAUGGCGACGUUGGAGGUGGCUGGAUCCUCAAUCCAAAAGAUCCCUGGCCACUCAGUCACAUCCCACUUGUGUGGAUGGUCAAGGAAGCCCAAUUGGCAGGACUCGAGUUUGACCCCGAAAAGCUCGAACAAUUCAACUGCCGCGACGAGGCAAUCGAGUCACACCGAUCUCUGGAAGAUACCAAGCCGAAUAUAUACCGCGAUGCACUUCAGCAAACCAUGGACCAGGGCAUCGUACAUGACACCCUCACAUAUGGCGGUGGUGUAUCAGCAUUAUCAACCCUUUCAUGGAGAUUAAUGGAAUACUUGCCUUUCCGCAGAAUGGACCUGCAGUCAGAUGGAUCCUGGAAGCCGAUUCGUUGGCCUCUUCCUUGUGGCGAGGUGCGUGAUAUCCCGGAAGAUGCUCAGAUUCACAUUUCUGCUAUACAUCGGAUGGAAAUUGAUCCAAAAUAUCGACCUGGAAAUCUUAUUAUCGGUGGAGGUGGAAGGGGUGUCAAGAGAGCCCCUCCAAGAUAUGGAAUUGGAAACUGGCAAGUCUGCAAGAAUGAGGGCGAUUUGGUUAGACAAACCUAUGUUCGAAAGAUUGAGGAUCUCUGUCAAGAUGAUCAUCUAUAG